CGCGAUUUCCGAAGUGCAGCCGGACGUCAGUCGGGCACCCAGCGAGACGGCAGGGCCAGGGAGAGAUUGCUCAAUUAUCCGCACGGACACAUUUAUCCUGGGGCCGGUCUGGAAGGAAGCGCUAUACAUAUUUUUUUUUUCCCCUCUCCUUCUUCGUGUAUUUUUAGAAGCCUCACAAUUUUAUUUAGGACCGACCGUGCAUGAGCCUUAGCUUAGCCAGUCCCAGACCGUGUUCUGGUGCGCUUCUGAAAGCGAGCGAUUCCUGCAAGAUAGCUAGAUGAUGAAAUUGCCUUUUAACUUAGUUCGGGUACUCUUUUUAAGAUUUGCGUCGAACUCUUUUCCGCGACAUUGUGUCUGUGCAUAGAGGGGGUGAAACGCUACUUUUUUUAAAAAUCUUUUUUUAAAUGCCGAUUUACUUUUUCUAAAUGUCAGUUUUAACCUCUGCUUGUAGUUACCGCUUUCUGGUAGCGUUUAAUGGAAGGGUCGGAUGAAUGUUUAAAGAAGUGGAAAUCUGCACGUUUUGCAGGAGCAGAUGUGAAAGGGUCUACAGUCUUUUUUUUGUUAUUUUUUUACUGGAGAUCGUGGGCAAAACAGCUUGAGCCAUAUCUGGUCCCGGGGUGAAAAACGUCAAAAUUGAGCGUGCUGUGCAUCUACAAAGCCGGAGCGCUAAGCUAGCUGGCAUGCGAUAUUACGACGCCCGUAUCUCGUCCACACGGUAACCGAGCUCCGGUGGAGGCGCCUAGUUCUCUUCUCGGGGUGCUAUACAUUGGGCGAGGAUGCUGAAACGGGGCGCAGGGGCGAAAAACAGCUACAGCCCCUACUCGACCGGCCAGAGAAAUAAGAAAACCGUGCAGUCUAAAGCGAAAAGCAAACUGGACAUCCUGCCCAACAGACCCAACGUGUGGCUCAAACAGCUUUCCGUUCUCCAGGAGCAACCCCGCAAGGACACCGGAGAUGCCCCCACAGCCACCGCCUCCCCCUACCUGGACGCCUGUGCUGGGACCCCUUCCCCGCUCUCCAAACUGGCCAGCUGCCCCUCUCCGGUGGCCACCCUCAAGCGGCCAGCUGCCCUGAGCCGCCACGGCAGUGCGGUCGGCUUCCCCCUGCAGGGCACGGGCACCUGGGGGUUCAGCAAGGCCCACAAGGGGCCACUGGCGCACAGCCCGACGGCGGAGCACGGGGAGGGCACCGUCAUCGAGGUGGAGGACAUCUCCCAGCUGCUGCGGGACGUGGCGCGCUUCGCCGAGGGGGUGGAGAAGCUCAAAGACGUGGUCCUGGGGGAAGAUAAGCAGGAGAACAGGAGGCCUCUUGCCCAUGAGUGCCUGGGUGAAGUGCUACGGAUCUUGCGCCAGGUGAUCAGCAAAUACCCGCUGCUGAACACGGUGGAGACCCUCACUGCCGCCGGCACCCUCAUCUCCAAGGUCAAAGGCUUCCAUUAUGAGACCACUGUGGAGGCGGACAAGAAGGACUUUGAGAAGGCGAUUGAGACGAUAGCCGUGGCCUUCAGCAGCAAUGUGUCGGAGUUGCUGAUGGGGGAAGUGGACAGUAGUACCCUCUUGUCUUUACCCCCUACGGAUAAGAGCAGAUCCAUGGAGAACCUGUAUGGAGGGCUGCCGGGACACGGGCUGGACGUGACACUAAUGAGGAGCGAGCUGCAGGAUCUGGUGUUCAACGUGGAGGAGGUGGACAUCAUUCUGCAGCGCAGUGAGGGGGGCGUGGACUCUGCCCUGGCGUACUCCAAGAACAUCUCCAGAUACAUGAAGGACGUGAUGAGCUACGUGGACAAGCGACUGUCGCUGGAGAUUGAGUUUGCCAAGGGCCUGCAGAGACUGUACCACUCCUGCAAGCAGAGCAUUGCGCAGGUGCACAUGCCCUUCUUCUCCAUCUACUCCCUGGCCCUGGAGCAGGACCUGGAGCAGAGUCACGGGGUCCAGCAGUCCAUCUUCACCCUGCACAGCCACACCUUCAUGCAGCCUUUGACGCAGCGGAGGCAGGACCAUGAGAAGAAACGUAAGGAGAUAAAGGAACAGUGGCAUCGGGCACAGAGGAAGCUGAUGGAGGCGGAGAGCAACCUGCGCAAGGCGAAGCAGGCCUACCUGGUGCGCUGCGAGGAGUACGACAAGGCCAAGGCGGUGGCCAACAAGGCGGGCGAGGAGCAGCAGGGCGGGGGCAGCAACACCACCAAGUCGCUGGACAAGAAGAGGCGCCUGGAGGAGGAGGCGAGGAACAAGGCGGAGGAGGCCGAGGCCACGUAUCGCACCUGCAUAGCCGACGCCAAGACGCAGAACCAGGAGCUGGAGGACGUGAAGGUGAACGUGCUGAGGCAGCUGCAGGAGGUCAUCAAGCAGAGCGACCAGACCCUGCGAUCCGUGAGUCUCCUGCACGUCGCCCCCUUCUCCCAUCUUCCCAAACCCGCGCUGAAAAUCCACAAUUGCUGCCGAUUUUGCAUGGCCUACAAGACGUGGUUACUGCACUGUGGAAUAAAGCGUCUUCGGUUAUUUUGUUUUGUCAGGUUGCCUGUCCGGCCUCGCAAUGACAGCUUUAACACCGACUCGCAUUCUGAAUCCACGUCCGCUACCGAUGAGGCGGGGCCAGCGGAGGGGAGCUCCGCCCCAAAGGAGAAGCAGAGGCGGGGUGUCCGAGUUCAUCAUUCCCACAAGUCCUGGCCCUCAACUGUGAGCGACACAGACAGUGUGGGGGGAGGGAGUGGCCUGGAGUCCCCCUGCACCAGCACAGGUGACAUCCGGAAGCUGCCCAGAACCUCCUCCACUGGCACCAUGUCUUCCAACGAGGAGCUGGAUGAGAAGGAAGAGAGCGUGCCCUCUUUCGAGCAGAGUAUGAACGGGAUCGAGCCGGAGAUCGCGGUUUCCACGGGCCCCUUCAGGAACGUGGGCCUCUCCAAGGCUGCCCAGACGCAUCGCCUGCGGAAACUGCGCGCCCCUUCCAAGUGCCGGGAGUGUGACAGCUACGUGUACUUCCAGGGGGCGGAGUGCGAGGAGUGCUUCCUGGCCUGCCACAAGAAGUGCCUGGAGUCGCUGGCCAUCCAGUGUGGACACAAGAAGCUGCAGGGCCGGCUCCAGCUUUUCGGGAGGGACUUUGCCCAGGUGUCCCAAGGGAGCCCCGAGGGCAUCCCCUUCAUCAUCAAGAAGUGCAUCUCGGAAAUCGAGAAGCGGGCCUUGAAAAUGAAGGGCAUCUACCGGGUGAAUGGGGUGAAGACGCGGGUCGAGAAGCUGUGCCAGGCCUUCGAGAAUGGCAAGGAGCUGGUGGAGCUGUCCCAGGCCUCGCCCCAUGACAUCAGCAACGUGCUCAAGCUCUACCUGAGACAGCUGCCGGAGCCCAUCAUGCCCUUUCGAAUGUACAACGACCUGAUGGGGCUUGCCAAGGAGAGCCUGCAGGGCGGCGCCGAGGGGGCGGAGCCCCCCGGGAAGGCGGCGGAGCUGGCGGACCUGGGGCCCGACACAGACAAGGACCUGCUGCUCUGCGUGGACAAACUGCGGGAGCUGCUGAAGGAGCUGCCUCCCUCCAAUGUGGCCACCCUGCGCUACAUCGUCCGCCACCUGCGCAGGUGAGAGACCCCAUACACACACCCCCCCCCAGAAUCACCCUGGCGGGACACGGCAGGAGCAAUCACACUCCCACUGAUACACUCCCACCCUCCUUGGGGUCAUUUCCCCAUUUUUAAAGCACUUUCACUUUUUAAUUUCCAUUUUGGCUGUCCUUCAAUUGUUCAUUCUGCCGCCUCCCCCGCCUGCAAAAAUUAAUCCUGCUUGAACCAACUUGUAAUAAUGGGAAU